UAAAGCGUCUAUUUGAUUGAGACUUGCAUUCCAAUCUUGAGUUUGAGUUAGUUUACAUUGGAUACAGGAAUAUGGCUCAUCUUCAGCUGAAAGAAGGCGAAUAUACCUCAACAAUUUAUGGAUUGGUAAAAGAUCAAAGAUACAAUGAUGCAGUCCAGAUUCUUAAUAAUCAACUACAAAGUCAUCAGAAAUCAAGAGCAGCCUUGUCGUUGUUGGGAUAUUGCUAUUUCCAAAUGCAGGAUUUCGUUAAUGCUUCAGACUGCUAUGAACAGUUGAGUAUAAUGCACCCAGAAGUUGAAGAUUAUAAACUGUAUUAUUCACAGUCACUACACAAGGCUUGUUUGUAUCAGGAGGCCAUGAAAGUUGCCUGUCAGAUAGACAAUCCAGAGUACCAAGGCAAGAUCACUAAAUUACAAGCUGCUAUCAAAUAUGGUGAGGAAGAUUUACCUGGAGCUAAGAGUUUGGUAGAGCAAUGUCCAGCAGAUGAUCCAGAUACAGAAAUCAAUCUUGGAUGCCUAUUGUUUAAGGAUGGAAGAUAUGAAGAAGCUUGCUCAAAGUUUACUACAGCCAUGCAGAUACUAGGAUACAAAGCUGAUCUAUCCUAUAACAUAGCUCUAUGUCACUACAUGUUGAAACAAUAUGCGCCAGCACUUAAACAUAUUGCUGAUAUCAUUGAGAGGGGUAUUAGAGAACACCCAGAAUUAAGUGUAGGAAUGACAACAGAAGGGAUAGAUGUUAGAAGUGUUGGUAAUACUCUAACUCUCCACGAGACAGCGUUGAUUGAAGCAUUUAAUCUCAAGGCGGCUAUAGAAUAUCAACUCAAGAAUUAUGAAGCUUCAUGUGAAGCAUUGACCGACAUGCCACCAAGAGCCGAAGAAGAGUUAGAUGCAGUGUCUCUUCACAACCAAGCUCUGAUGAACAUGGAAACCAAUGCCACUGGUGGUUUUCAGAAAAUGCAGUUUUUACUGCAACAGAAUCCCUUCCCUCCAGAAACUUUUGGAAACCUCCUUUUGUUGUAUGCCAAAUAUGAAUACUAUGAUCUAGCUGCUGAUGUACUGGCAGAAAAUGCUCACCUGACUUACAAAUACCUUACUCCUUACUUGUAUGACUUCUUAGAAGCUGUGAUCACUAGACAGACUUCACCAGAGGAAGCUUACAGGAAACUAGAGGACAUGGCCAAACAACAGACUGAAACACUCAGUAAACUCACUAAACAGGUACAAGAGGCGAGACAGAACCAUGAUGAUGAAUCUGUGAAGAAGGCAGUCAAUGAAUAUGAUGAGGCUCUCGAGAGAUAUAUCCCAGUCUUGAUGCAACAGGCUAAGAUUUAUUGGGACAUGGAGAAUUAUCCACAUUUGGAAAAGAUAUUCCGUAAAUCUGUUGAGUUCUGUAAUGAGCAUGACGUGUGGAAGUUAAAUGUAGCUCAUGUCCUCUUCAUGCAGGAGAACAAGUAUAAAGAGGCUGCUGGAUUCUAUGAGCCGAUCGUUAAAAAGAAUUAUGAUAAUAUCCUGAAUGUUAGUGCUAUUGUCCUUGCCAACUUGUGUGUAUCCUACAUUAUGACAAGUCAGAAUGAAGAGGCUGAAGAUUUGAUGAGAAAGAUAGAAAAGGAAGAAGAGCAAGUUGCUUAUGAUGAUCCUGAGAAAAAGAUUUUCCAUCUUUGUAUAGUCAAUCUUGUUAUAGGAACAUUAUACUGUGCCAAAGGAAAUUAUGAGUUUGGAAUAUCUAGAGUAAUCAAAAGUUUAGAACCUUACAACAAGAAGUUAGGUACAGACACAUGGUACUAUGCCAAGAGAUGUUUCCUCUCGCUCAUAGAAAAUAUGGCUAAGCAUAUGAUUAUGAUGAAGGACCAAGUCGUCCAAGAAUGCAUUGGAUUCCUGGAAUGCUGUGAAAUGUAUGGAAAAGAUGUGAAAGCUGUCAUUGAACAGCCAUUAGAAGCAGAACCUAUGCAUCCAGGCAAGAAUACAGUUACAUAUGAAGCUCGUCUCUUGAAAAAUCUUCUGAUGCAAUUACAAUAAUCUAUAGAAAAAUUGAAAACUGAAGCAAAAUGUGAUAAAUUGUAUUAUUUUUUGGGACAUUAGUAAAUUGAUUAUCUGUUUUCUGAAUUAUUUAAAGUCUGUCUUUAAGUUGAAAAUUAAAAGUUAGUGAUUGAA